UUCGGAUGAAUCUUAAAACUAAAGUAGUGAUUCGACUUACGGCACCGUUGUUCCUUCAAGGUUUUUCAGACGAUAACAACACCAAGAGCAUUCAUACUAACAGUUUGACGACGUUGACAAACAGGCCAUUGCAAUGGAAGCAACAGCAAACGGAACAGCUAUCGGCCCGACUGGGGUAUCCGCAAAGAAACCGCCUCUCAUGGCUGGUGUUGUUUGCGGAGAGUCUUUUAAUGGAACGGAGGAGGCUGCGAAAGAAGUAGCAAGAAGAAGGCAGGAACAAGCACUGGCCAAGAAGAAGGAGUUCUCGUUUGUGACGGACCGCAAAGAAGCCACCGAACACCAGGCUACUAGUAGGGCAUCGACGACAGGUGCGAGUCUAAACAAUGGAGGGUCCAUUAACACAAAUAGAGUUGACGACCGGCAGCUGAAAGAGACGGCAGCAAAGAAGGGUCAUUCAGCUACCCGAACCGGCGACGACGACAUUCCAUCGCCGCCAACUCUGUUUCCUGGUAGAACCAUACGAACGUCAUUUCCGGGAGCCUAUGCCAAUCACGGAAGCGUCGAACAAUCAAGGUAUACCAAUGGCGGUGUCACGACACCAGAGGAAGAAUCGGUCCCUUGGGAUAUUACGGGUAGGAUCCAACCUGAGGGGGUGGAAGCAGGAGUGACACGGGAUAAUGAGGGGUUGGUUGUGGCCAAUUUGGUGGUGGAGGACGAAAACUUACAAACAGCCUUACCUCAAGCUGCUCCAGAAACAUAUAGUAUCGCUGUCUCCAGAGAGCACAAACGAGUCAGGCGGCUCAGAGCAGGAAUCCUGUUGGGGGUCGUCUUUGCAAUGGUGAUGAUCAUGAUUCUGGUGGCGAUGUUUAUUCCCAGCAAGCUAUCUUCAGAUGCAAACGCGGCUACAGGGCUAGAGAAGGAGGACGACCUAAGCGACAUCCAAACUCAAAUGCCAACUUCCGUGCCCAACUACAUUCUCUCUCUAAUCCCCACAGCGUUGACGGUUCGGAAAAUCUUGCAAGAGCCAGACUCCCCCCAAGCAAGGGCAUUUGCGUGGCUCUUGGAGGAAGGAAAUGUUAUCUUGUCGCAGAUGUCGGAUGCUCGAAUCAAGCAGAAACUGGCAUUGGCAACCCUCUACUUUGCCACAGGUGGGGAAACAUGGGACAACAAUGAGAAAUGGCUCAAUCAUAGUAUCCACGAGUGUGAAUGGUACAACAAACCAGAUGUUGCCAAUACCAACGUGUUGUCCAAGGUUAUGUCAGGAUAUCUGGCUGGUUUUGCAGAACCACUUGCUGCAGCCCAGCCCUGUGACUCGUAUGGGUUUUACCAGCAUCUAUGGCUGGACCAGAACAACUUGGAUGGCGCUGUUCCCUUGGAACUCGCUAUGCUGACCACAUUGAAGACUUUGUCUCUUGGUUGGAAUCCAAAACUUGGAGGGACCAUGGACAGCCACAUUGGUCAACUCACAGCUCUGGAAGGACUCUUUUUGAAUCGAAAUGAUCUAUCUGGAAUGAUACCAUCUGAAAUUGGGUUGUUGAGCAACCUACAUGUUGUGUCUUUGGGUGGCAACAACCUAGAAGGAUACAUUCCUGAAGAGCUUUGGCGACUGACUAAAUUGGUUGCCUUCAUCGUGGGCCGAAGUAAAGAGCUGCAAGGCAGUAUUCCAUCAGAAGUGGGCCUUCUAACAAAGUUGCGGCAGCUCUACAUGCAAGAGAGUGAUUUCACUGGUUCGAUUCCAACAGAGAUUGGCAGAUCAACGUCACUUGAAUCGCUCAUGUUGUUUGUGAAUAGAUUUUCUGGCACCCUGCCAAGUGAGUUCGGCCUUCUCUCGAAACUGACGAUGAUGUCCUCAUUUGACAAUUCCAUACAAGGCACAAUCCCUACGGCUUUUGGCAAACUCUCAAAUCUCACGCAGUUUUCCAUCAAGAUCAACCAGCUCACCGGGCCUGUGCCCAGUGAGCUUGGACUGCUCACCAACCUGGCGUACACAUGCAACUUGAGGUUCAAUCAACUUACUGGAAGCAUUCCAACAGAAUUUGGGCUCUUGACACACUUAAGAGAGCUGGAAUUCUCUCACAAUCUUUUAUCAGGACAGAUUCCAUUAGAGUUGGGAAGCUUGGCAGCCAUGGGGAAACUAACAUUUGCCAAUAAUUCUCUCUCCGGGAUUAUUCCCCAAGAGUUGUUUGCACUCCAGCAGUCCCUGCACACUCUUGCACUGGAGGGGAAUCCGCAGUUGUCUGGUUCUGUUCCUGAUCGCAUUUGUGCCAUCAAUGGAACUUGCAUUGGAAGUUACGUUGAUCCAUGUGUUGGCCCGUAUGGACUCUCAUUUGACUGCACUGAUUUGCUCUGUGGAUGUAAUUGCGCAUGUGCAUAGAUCCAAUGCAUUUUCUGCUAAAACUGUUUACCAUUUUAUUUAAUUAAAAAAGGUAGUCAUAUCAGUAGACUCGACUCUGAAAGAUGUGCCUGCUUCUACCAUAGCU